AUGUCGAAGCAACGCAUGAAGAAUAAGAACGAACAGCUGUUUAUUGAAAAUUGUUUAAAAAGAUUAGAAAGAAAUCGACAAGAAUCAGCAGAUCGUUCCGAAAGACCACAAGAAUGGUAUGAUUUUCAUGCACGAACUGACGAAGUACUUGUUCCAUCAAAAUGGGUCACUCGCUUAAAAGAUGCUAAUGCAGUGAAUGAUCAAUUACAGUAUUUACGUGAUAAAAUCGAUGAUGAUUUUUCGUCUCUUCAAAAAACGGAAAAAGUCGAUCGAGAAGAAUUGUAUUGUUCAUCUGCAUUGUACAAAAUACGACAAAAUAAAUUUUACCAACGUUUGCACGACCACCAAAUACGAUGGCAACCUAUAACACUCGUCGGUGAACUUGCAGCAUCUCUUCCAAAACCUACAACAGAUCCUGCUGAGAUUGAAAGAAAAUUAUUUUCUACUAUUCUUAUUUUGACAAUGCUUCGUCGUCCAUUAACAAAAAUUGACAUCAAAGUCGAUGAAAUCGAAGAUCUCAAUGCUGCGAUCCAAGAACGCAAAAACCAAAAACCAAAUACGACCAAUCGAGAGUCAAUUAGUGCACCGAUACUCCCACCACCAACUCAAUCCGUUUUCUCCUUUCUCGAUGGAGUUGGCACCGGUGCAACACCACGAUAA